AUGAAAGUAAUCCCAACACCAUUCCUAAAGGCGUUCCUUUUCAUCGCCUCUCUCAUUCUUCUCAUCAUCAUUGGUAGUAGCAGCACCUCUCUACAGGCUCUAGAAAUUCUGAAUUUAGAUUCUUCUUCGGAUCCUCUAGUUCAUGAUGAAGCCUUCAUUCAACUCAUUAACAAGUACGCAAAAACAUGGCAAGCAGGAAAGAGUAAAUUCUUUGAAGGUAAACGAUUGAGUCAUGCGAGAAGGCUCAUUGGUUUGGGUUUACCAACGCCCGAACAAAGAGCCUCUUAUCCAAAGAAGAAUUCUUUGAUGAUGGGUGAGGAAGCAAACAGUUUGGAAAAGUAUUUGGUCAAGAUGGAUGCAUUGCCUGAUUCGUACAAUGCUGCCAAUGAUUCAAAUUAUUAUAUGUGUCAGCAAUUGCACCGAAUUAGAAAUCAGGAACAAUGUGGUUCUUGUUGGGCUUUCUCUAUUUCAGAAAUGGUUGCGGAUCGUUUUUGUAUUGGAACAAGAGGUAAAAUUAAUACCAUCAUGUCACCACAAUGGAUGGUGAGCUGUGAUACUGCUGACAAUGGAUGCAAUGGAGGAGAAUUCCCAACUGCUUUCCAAUUUGUUGAGACAACUGGUUUGGUCUCUGAUGGCUGUGUCCCAUAUCAAUCUGGAAAUGGCUUUGUUCCACCAUGCCCAAAUAGUUGUGCCAACGGAGAAGAUAUUAAUGUGAGAUAUAGAACAAAGAAUUCACGUAAUUUUGAUGUCAACGAUAUGAAGUCAGUUCAAGCUAGUAUACUUGCAAAUGGUCCUGUCAUUUCUGGAUUUAAGGUAUAUCGUGACUUCUAUAAUUACAGAUCCGGAGUGUACAAACAUGUUGCAGGAGGCCUUGUUGGUGGACAUGCAAUCAAGGUUGUGGGUUGGGGUGUCACUCAAUCCAAUGUACCUUAUUGGAUUGUUGCCAAUAGUUGGUCUGAUGAAUGGGGAAUGAAUGGUUACUUUUGGAUUUUGAGAGGAACCAACGAAUGUUCAAUUGAGGAGAAUAUGUGGGAGACAAUUCCAGCAUUGUAA